AUGCCAUUUAUUGUGUUUCUUUCUAAAUGUGUUGCAGCUAUUAAUGAAGGAAUGAUGAUUCCUCGUUAUGAAUUCAAGUUUUACAAAUGUAAACCUUCAUUCAAUAUAGAAAAUGAUAAGAUUUUUCAAAUGAGCAAGUGGAUACUUUGUGAUUGCAUUAAUGUGACCAAGAGGAAUAAUUCUAAGGAUGUAGAGAUAGGUAAUUUAAAUUAUUUUGCAGAUUAUUCAAUGGUUUGGCAUCAGGAAUGUGAUGACGAAGGAUAUAGUAAUCAUUUGGGAUUAAAAUUUUCCUCAGCUGACCAACUGUUUACAGGAAGAAACAAAAAGAAUCGUUCUGAAUAUAUUCUCAUUCAAAAGUUGGAAGAGGGUUUCUACCAUAAUGAGAAUUGUACAGAGCUCGUUGGCAUCCCCAAUGAUGACACUUCAUACGAACACAAUUUAGUGAGAAAUGUAAUUUGCCUUUCGUAUAAUCAAUUUGAAGUUGCCCCUUCCAAUGGAAACCAAAUGAAAGGUGCUAAAAAUUUCAUUCAUUGGAUUAGAGAACUAGUUUUGACAUGUCAUGAAUGUGGAAUUUUACACAAUCAAUACCUUCUUCAAAUGAUGUUGAACUUUCUAUUUCGAAUCAAUUACUAUGUGCAUGAUCUUCAUCGAAUUACAUUUUACGAUAACAUUGCUGAAUGUUGUCCUUAUAACUUGAACACUUUGGAAAUUUUGGACGAAUUUAAUGAAAAUACAAAGGCGAAAUGGAAUGAAGAUCCAAACAUUACAAGUUACACAACAUUUAUGAAAGUUGAACGAUCCUUCAAUUCACAACUUUUAGGUGAUGCCAUUGAUAGCUAUAUUAUUUCCUUAAUUGUCAAUCCCAACAAUAUGGAAAAUCCCUUCGAAGUAGUUCUUUAUCAAUUCUAUGAAUAUCACGCUAGUGUAUGUUUCAGUGAUUAA